GUUAGACACUCCGCCGCUUCCUGAUCCCGCUGGCUCCUCCCCGCUUCCCUCAGCAGCUGAUCCUCAGCUGCAGCCCGCGCCUCCCGGCCCGGCUCUAGCGUGGCGCCGCCGCCGGUUAACUCGCUGCUGGAGCACGGGGGACAGACACACUCGAACUGCGGGGGGACGGUAACGACCGCCACUCCAAGGACCUCCUGGGGCAAGGACACACUCGCCGCUGCGGCGACUUGCGGGGGGCCGGACACACUCUCCGCGCCGGGGACCUUUUGGGGGAAGGACACGCUCGCCGCUCGGAGGAGCUGCCGGGGAGCGGGUGCCCCGCCACUCGGAGCAGCCGCGGCAGGACGCGUCCCACCGCCGCUCAGCCCGGCUGGGUGACCUGCGCCGCAGGUGCUCCCGCGAGCGGCGAAUGGCAAGGGAGCGCUCCGGAGCCACGGGCGGGCACGCACCGCAGGGAAGAUGAGGGGAAAACAGCUCAAGUGCGGGCGGUUUGCAGUGGGGCUUGUCCCCUGUAAAUGCUGAGUGAUUUCUGGGAAUUCAAAGCAUUACGGCUUUAGAGUUUAGUUUGGAGGGUUUUUCUGUUGUUGUAGUUGUUUUCUCUAUGAUAGUUAUUAGCGGGGCCGUCCGAGGUUUCAUAGCUUGCUCUGUCUUGCUCCUUCCCCAGCGACACUGAAAACAGGAGGGUUGCCCCAUCACAAGUGAGUCAGUACACCUUUCUUCAGCCCUGCUGGAAGUACAGAUGAAUUGUCUUCUCUUAUCCUGCAGUGUCAACUAAACCCCAAAACGCAGAUGGCUAACGAGCAGCAUGAAAUCAAGCACAACAAAUGUUUUGACUGGAAUUUCAACAAGUAAGCAACAGAAUGGAGACGCCAACUGGAAAGGAAAUGGGAGAUAAUGAACAGGGUGGUGACUUGCUGUAGAUGCCCUUGGAAAUGAAGGCCAUGGUGAAAUCCCACAAUGCCAUUUUGAGAGGGUGAGGUGAAGGAGGAGAAAGGGUAAUAAGAAAUGGCCAAGCAAACAGCCGUGACGAUUACUUUGGCGACCCUGCUGGGUGUUGCACUGGGGGGCCUGGUUUUGUGGAAAGCGAGCCAGUGUCGGAAAGGAAAAACACGCUGUAGUAGUCAGCAAGAGGAAGCAGCAGAGAAGUCAGGAGAUGAGAAACUCACUGAGGCAGAGGAUAAGAAGGUGCUUUCCUUCUUCAGAUCUCCCACCUUUUUCUGGAUAGAGAGGACACUUGAUGCAGACAUAGUGCUGGUUUCAGAGCAGGAGGAGUGGGAUCAUGUAGAACCAUUGCUGAAGAAGGAGCUGGAGAAGUGGCCGGUUCUUGGAAUUGAUUGUGAGUGGGUAUCUGUGGAUGGAAAAGCAAAUCCUGUAUCCCUGUUACAGAUAGCUUCUUCCAGUGGCCUCUGCAUUCUUGUUCGGUUGCCCAGUCUUGUUGCCAAUGGCCAGACUCUUCCAAAGACCCUGUUGGACAUCAUGGCAGAUGGUGCUGUGUUGAAAGUUGGGGUAGGAUGCUGGGAAGAUGCUUGCAAAUUGCUUCAUGAUUAUGGUCUUCCAGUCAAAGGGAGCAUGGACCUCCGGUAUUUAGCCCUGAGACAGAGGAAGGAUCUACUUCACAACUGCCUUAGCCUUAAGUCUUUAGCUGAAAAAGUACUGAACUUCACACUUGACAAGUCUCCUCAUGUGCGUUGCAGCAACUGGGAAGCAGAAGAACUGACACAAGAUCAGAUUCUCUAUGCUGCAAGGGAUGCCCAGGUCUCAGUGGCUCUGUUCUUCCAUUUGCUGGGAUUUACCAGCCUCUCUGCUACAUCUGAAGGUGAAAACUCUGUUGCUGCUUGGGAGAAAGCACGGGGUAGAUGCCAGGGCUUGGUGGAUAUCCCAUUUAGAGGAAGAAAGAGUGGCAGCAUAGGAGAGGAGAAGAGUGGAGAGGGACGUUCCCCUCAGAAAACAAAGAAUCGGAAGUCUUGGAUGAAUGGCCAGCCCUCUGGCAAUCAGCAAAUGAGAGACCCACGGAGGCAGAAGCGAAAGCCUCUGGGUGUGGGAUAUUCUGCACGAAAAUCUCCACUUUAUGACAACUGCUUCCUGCAUGCACCAGAUGGACAGCCCCUGUGCACUUGUGAUCGCAAAAAGGCUCAGUGGUAUUUGGACAAGGGGAUUGGAGAGCUAGUUAGCACAGACCCUUUUGUUGUGAAGCUGCGGUUUGAGCCUUCAGGACGUCCUGAGUCUCAAGUUGAUUAUUAUCUGACAAUCAAAGAAAAUCUCUGUGUUGUAUGUGGCAAGCGAGAAUCCUAUAUCCGGAAGAAUGUUGUUCCUCACGAAUACCGAAGACACUUCCCCAUCCAGAUGAAGGACCACAACUCACAUGACGUGCUCCUGCUCUGCACAUCCUGCCAUGCCAUCUCCAAUUACUAUGACAACCACCUGAAGCAGCAGCUGGCCCAGGAGUUCGGGGCUCCGAUCGGCUCUGAGGAAGGCGUGCGUCUCCUGGAGGACCCUCUGCGCAGGCAAGUGCGCUCGGGAGCGCGAGCCCUGCUGAAUGCAGACAGCCUGCCUGACCCUCGAAGGGCAGAGCUGCUGCAGAGCAUCAAGGACUUCUAUAACACAGACACAGUCACUCCAGAGAUGCUCCAGGCAGCAGCUGGUCUGGAAACCAGGAUCUGCAAUGAGAGCUACGUGCCACAUGGACUGAAGGUGGUGCAGUGUUGUGCUAAAGGAGGCCUGCGCUGUCUUAUGCAGCUGGAAAGACGCUGGCGGCAGCAUUUUUUGGACAGCAUGAAGCCAAAACACCUCCCAGAGCAAUGGUCAGUGGACCAUAACCAUGUGAAGUUGAUCCAAAAGUAUGGGGAGGAUCUUCAGAUCAAGCUGUCAUGAAACUAACUUCCUGGACCCUGGAUAGUGUCUAAUGGACAUAUGUGACUGAAGAUGGAAAGACUUUUUAUUUCUGUGUCUCCACUAACACCUUGGGCCUGGGUUUGCAAAAAGACAGUGGUAAAUCUGCCAGAUUUGCCAGUUAAAGUUAAAUUUGACAGUUUAUAUUAAAUCCAUUGACUUGAGCUUUCAGAUGGUUUGGAAGUUUAAUCUUAGUCUGUCACUUUGUUCCGUGCAAGAGUGAUACGAUAAAGGAGUUUUUCUGCUCAAAAUGACUAUGAAGAAUCAUUUUCUAGCCCCCAGGAUGUCUGGUGUCUCUAGGCCAUCUCUCAUAGUAGAGUGAGUACAGAGAAAGGCAACAAAAGCACAAUACAUGAAUGUUUUUAGAUUUUCUGACAUACAUUUAUGCCCUUUGCUUUACCUUGAGAGUCUUUACCUUGAGAGUCUUCUUGAUAAAAAAAUCUUUCUUUGUUUUCAGUGUAGUUGAACUCAUAGGAGUUCUUCCUAGAGAAGACCCCCUGGCAGAGAGGGAUUCCUUAUUUGGAAGAAGCAAACCAACCUUAUUUUUUUGCAGAUUCUGAGCUGUCUCAGCAUUGUAGAUAGGCCUAGCAAGUUUCCUGGUGCAGGUGCCUGAUGAGAAGUGCACUCACACAUGCAGGGCUGUUACAGAGGCAGGGUGCCAUAACUCCUGACUGGAGUGUUGGAAUGGAAGUGUCUUGGUUUGAAAAGACAGGCAUCUGCUAGGGAAGGCAGAAGCCUCUCUUGAAAUGGGGAAUGUAAACCCCCAUAAAAAUGCAGUUAUACAAAAAAACAAAACACUGACAGAGUCAGAAUCCAACCUGACACCCCGUCAGUCAGUCAGGAUGUUGGUAGCAGUCCAAUUAAAUGGUGGCUACAGUCUUGCUGGAGUGACAGAUGUGGUUCAGUUGAAGCAGUGGUCCUGUAGAAGUUUUCCUCUGAAGAUCCACUGCUGAUGUAGAUGGGCCUGGUCUUCCUCUGGGAAUCCAGUGGAAGAAGGCUACCCUUAUGUCCCAAAUCUCAGAUUUUAUCUAGGUAGGAAAUGCUUGGCUCCAUCCCCUGAGUGGAGCAUCACCCAAUUGGCUGAUGUAAUUUUACCAGUCAUACAGUGGGACUCUAUGGCCCAUUAACAGAAGGUGCUUUCCUGGACAAAGGAUGGGUAGUGGAAGAGAUGGAGAAAACUGCCCCACGUGGAUUAACAGCUGGAUCAUUAACAGAGGAUUCCCCCAGAGUUAUGAGGGAUGGGUUAUGGAUGAGAUAAGGAGCACUGCUCUACCUAGUUUCAACAGAUGGUGAUAGAAUACAUACUGCUGGUUACAUCUUGCAUUGCAACCUGAGGCAGGAAGGAUGCAGGCUCUUUAGGAAGAGCAGGGACUGGAGGCAAGGAGGAGGUGUCACCUUCUAUGUCAGUGAUUGGUUGGAGUGCAUGGAACUCAGCCUAGGGAUGGAUGAGGAGUCCAUCAAGAACUUAGGGGUCAGGAUUAAAGGGAGGGCAGGGACAGGUGACAGAGGGGAUCUUUGAAUAGCACUUGGUGAGUACCUUUUCAUAUCAGACUGAAAUAAUGAGAGGUGUCUUAAAAGGGUUGAGAGGAAACAAUUUAAAUUAAAGAUCAGAGGCUUUUAAGAGGUCUAACCACACAUGGCAAAAAAUGGGAAAUCUGAUGUUCUGUACCUGGAAUUGACGUGUGGUGGUGAGCAGGGUUAUACUCUCUUCAUGCCUGUUUCUCUGUCUCUAAAAUGGGACUAAUAAUACUUAACUAUCUCACAAAGGUGUUGUGAGGCUUAAUUAAUUUGUGUUUUUGUAAAAUGCUUUGAAAAUAUAAGGUAGUGUAUGCUAAUUAUUAUUGUUGUUUUUUAAGAUGUGCUGCCGUCUAACUUCCUGAAAUAGUAACGUUUUUUGUCUGGUGCUAGAUCUUAGUUAAAGAUAACUUUUUAAAAAUACACACUCCUUUCUGUAAAAUUCCUUUUGAUGAUUUUGGUUGCAUGAGAUGAAUGUGCUUCUCCUGAAUGAUGAAGCUAUGCUCAACUUUUAUACGCCUCUAUAAAGAAGUUUCAGUAAAACUCUUAUCUUCACACUGCUGUGUAUAGUGCAGUUGACCCACAUUUUUUAAUAAUAUUUGGGCAAAAUCCUAGAUCUCCUGUGAUUGUGGCUGAAGCUGUACAUUUUCAGAUAAUUCAAGAAAUUUCACAGGCCAGGGGUAAAAACCCUGUUUGUAGCAGAGACUGUUUGAGAUGAGUAGGAGCCAUGGAGGGAAAUGAUACAUUAAUGCCAUCCCAGUGGAGCUGCAAUAACAGCAUGAGGAAUCAAAGAUUCAUGAUAAAUACUACUUAUCACAGAGCUGCAAAUGAGAUAAUUUUCAUUAUAUGGGCAAUUUUUUCCUUGUACCACUGGCAAGUCUUAACAAAAAAUCUUAUAGCCAAAUGUGGUAUGUCUCUGUGCUCAUUCACACAGCUGAUUAUAAUCCCAGCAAGACCUUCCUGCCUACAGCAGCAGUUUGGAUAUAACUGUUUCUCUCCAAAGCAUUUUGAGCAUGUGUUCAGAUAGUGCUAUAUCCUGUCUCCAUCUGAUCAGGGUGUUGAGAGCUCUCUGUGUGACUCAGAAACUCCUUUUCUGUCAUCAGGAGUACAAGGUGUCCAUUUCACCUCUUUGUUCUGCUUUGUUUUUUCUCCCUUUGUUCUGAUAUAGGAGCUCCUGAUCAAACUCUUUAAUGGAACCCAUUGGCUGACCACAGGGUCAGGUCUUUUCUGUUUGUGAGACAAGAAAGUUAUGUGGAGACAGGAA